AUGAGCGAAGAGGAAAAACCCGUCCAGCGGAUUCGCUUCGAUGAUGUAGAUGAGGAGGCAGGCCAAGGAGCGCAUGAUCGCGCGUUGCAGCGUCGUCGGCGCCUUUCGCGCCAGUCAAGUGUUGGCAGUCUCUCGAUCCACAGCGCUGGUGGUGGUACAAGGACUGUAGAGCCCGGUACUGCAUUGCCCAUCACCUAUCGUACACUUUCAAUCGAAGUCGACGAGGAGAACCAGAAGAAGCAGUCUGAGGUCAAGCGUGCGAAAGAGAAGGGCACCGUUGAUCUAGCUGUUCUUGAGUGGCAUACUCUCGAAGUCGAAGAACUAUGCAGACGUCUAUCUGUCGAUACAAACCAAGGUCUCUCCGAAGAUCAAGUCAAACGACGCGUCGGCGAGUAUGGCAGGAAUAAGAUGACACCCCCUCCAUCAGGUCUCGUUAGCAAGAUCAUAGGCUACUUCUUCGGCGGCUUUGGUAGCAUUCUGCUAGGCGCUGGCAUUCUUGUCUUCAUUGCCUGGAGGCCUCUUGGAGAUCCACCGGCCAAAGCCAACUUGGCACUUGCUUGUGUCUUGAUUGCUGUUUGGCUCAUCCAGGCUGCUUUCAACGCCUGGCAGGAUUGGUCUACGAGCCGAGUGAUGGCUUCCAUUGGCACCAUGCUCCCUGACCAAUGCAUCGUCAUCCGCAACGGGUCACAAGCCAGCGUAUCUGCCUUGGACCUAGUCCCUGGAGACAUCAUUGUCAUCAAGCAAGGCAACAAGCUACCAGCAGAUGUUCGGUUUGUCGAAGUAUCCAGCGAUGCCAUGUUUGAUCGAUCCAUCCUUACCGGUGAAUCGGAACCCGUUCACGCAACUGUCGAAUCUACCGAGGAAAACUAUCUCGAGACGAACAACAUCGGCAUGCAGGGCACCCACUGUAUUUCCGGUAGCUGCCUGGGUGUGUGCGUCGCGACCGGAGACAGCACCGUUUUCGGACGCAUCGCGAAACUCACAUCGGACCCCAAAACCGGCAUGACACCCCUCCAGAAGGAGAUCUUCCGCUUCGUGCUCAUCAUCUCUGUGUUUAUCACAUGUGUGGUCGUUCUCAUCGUCGUCCUCUGGGCGGCAUGGCUGCGGAAGGACCAUCCAGACUGGAUCAGUGUUCCUCUCUUGAUUGUCAGUUGCGUAUCAUGUGCUGUUGCUUUCAUCCCCGAGGGUUUGCCUAUCGCACUCACGACGAGCUUGACUAUUGUUGCCAACAUCAUGAGGAAGAACAAGAUCCUCUGCAAAUCCCUGAAGACUGUAGAAACUCUUGGUUCGGUCUCAGUGAUUUGCUCUGACAAGACAGGCACAUUGACCAAGAACAGUAUGGUCGUUACCGACAUCUAUGCUGGAGGCGAAGAAUACACACCCGAAGCCGCCCGUGACCUCAUGGCCGUCCUGCGAUCGGAGAACAACAUUGCCGCUCUGUCGAAGAAGAGGGAAGAUGUUAUAGACCGAAUGCGUGUGCUUGCUGGCCUUUGCAAUUCUGGCGAGUUUGACGCUGCCACCAUGCAUCUUCCUAUCGCAGAACGCAAGGUCAAUGGCGACGCAACAGAUCAGGCUUUGCUUCGUCUGUCAGAAGCCCUCGGUUCAGUGGCUGCGCUUCGUCAAGAUUACAAGAAGGUCUUUGAGAUUGCUUUCAACAGCAAAAAUAAGUUCAUGGUCAGACUCAUGAGCCUAGCUAACCAAAACGCAACUAGUAACAACACGACAUUGAUGAUCAAGGGCGCACCAGACAUCCUUCUUGACCGCUGCGACACCCUUCUCGACGACAAAGGCGAAGCCGUGCCUCUUACUCCUGCCCAAUUGUCGCGUAUCGAGCGAAUUAAGGAUGACUGGUCUCGUCAAGGCAAGCGCGUCAUUUUACUCGCCCAAAAGCCGACUGUCGUACCUUUCUCCGCCAACCAUGAGAAGGAGGUCCUUGUGUCCGCCCGUCAAGGCCUCACCUUUGUUGGUAUGGUUGGCAUUGUCGACCCACCUCGUGAUGAAAUUCCUGAUGUCGUUCGCAUCCUCCGCGGUGCUUCCAUCCGCAUUUUCAUGGUCACUGGCGACUUCAAGCUCACUGCGCAGGCCAUUGCCGAAGAAUGCGGCAUCAUUUCUAACUCUGCACUCGUCGACGACAUCAGCGCUCUUGGCCGUGACGGCAAGAUUGGCACCACAAAACAGGCGAUUGUUUUGAGUGGCCCCGAACUCAUCACCCUGAACGAAGCACAGUGGGACCAACUCUGCCAAUACCAGGAAAUCGUCUUCGCUCGCACCACGCCAGAGCAGAAGCUCCGCAUCGUCAAAGAGUUCCAGUCUCGUGAAAACAUUGUGGGCAUGACUGGAGACGGUGUCAACGAUGCACCGUCUCUUAAGGCUGCUGACAUUGGUAUCGCAAUGGGCAGCGGUUCGGACAUCGCUAUCGAAGCCGCUGAUAUGGUCCUCCUGGAUUCCUUCGCCGCUAUCGUUGAGGCCGUCCAAUACGGUCGCCUCGUCUACGACAAUCUGAAAAAGACCAUUGUGUAUUUGCUUCCGGCUGGAAGUUUCAGCGAGCUCUGGCCCGUUAUUACAAAUGUUGUUUUCGGUAUUCCCCAGAUCUUGUCCUCCUUUUUGAUGAUCAUCAUCUGCUGUCUUACCGACUGCGCCGCUGCCAUAACCCUCGCCUACGAGAAGCCAGAAGCUGACCUUAUGCUGCGCCCGCCCCGCAACCCACGCAAGGACCGCCUCGUCAACACGCGCCUCAUCUUCCAUGCCUACUUCUUCGUCGGUCUAAUUCAAUGCUUUCUCUCCUUCACCAUGGCAUUCUGGUACCUCGAGACACAAGGCAUCCCAUUCACCGCUAUGUGGUUGAAGUUUGGCGAAUAUGAUCCGCGGUACAAUAAGGACUACAUCAAUGAGAAGGUCAACGUCGCGAGUAGCAUCUACUUCGUUACGCUCGUGGUCAUGCAAUUGUUCAACCUUCUCGCAACGCGCACACGCAGGCUGAGCAUUUUCCAGCAGCCGCCAAUCUUCAACAAGGACACGCAGAAUUGGCUACUGUUUCCCAGUAUGGUGUUUGCGGUUGUUGUCGUGUUCAUCUUCUGUUACAUUCCCAGUCUGCAGAAUACUAUAGAUACCAGGCAGGUGCCAGUCGAGCAUUGGUUCCUGCCGGCUGCCUUUGGAUUUGGGCUGCUGAUGCUGGAUGAAGCGAGGAAGUAUUGUGUUAGGAGAUGGCCACAGGGGUUGCUUGCAAAGAUCGCCUGGUAG